AUGGGUAUCGAUCUCAAGGCCGGUGGCCGCAACAAGAAGACCAGUCGCACGGCGCCGAAGUCUGACAACGUGUACUUGAAGCUCUUGGUGAAGCUCUACCGCUUCUUGGCCCGCCGUACGGGCUCCAAGUUCAACGAGACCGUGCUCAAGCGCUUGUUCAUGUCCAAGACCAACCGCCCGCCGCUGUCCUUGUCCAAGUUGGCCAAGUUCAUGAAGGGCAAGGAGGGUAAGGUCGCGGCCGUCGUCGGUACCAUCACCGAUGACGUUCGUAUGUUCGACGUGCCGAAGUUGAAGGUGUGCGCGCUUCGUUUCACUGAAACCGCGCGCGCGCGCAUCAUCAAGGCUGGUGGUGAGUGCAUGACGUUCGAUCAACUCGCGCUCGCCGCGCCGACGGGCGAAGGCGUCGUCCUUCUCCGCGGUCCGAAGAACUCCCGUGAGGCGGUCAAGCACUUCGGUGCCCCGGGCAUUCCGGGCUCCCACGCCAAGCCGUACGUCCGCUCCAAGGGCCGCAAGUUCGAGAAGGCUCGUGGUCGACGCAACUCUCGCGGCUUCAAGGUGUAA